AUGUUGUAUUAUGGAGAUUCAAAGAAGACUGCAAAAUCCACUGGGGGAAAACCGUCGUUAUCUUCAACAGCUUCACCUCGAUCCCUGGGUGAUUUAAAGCAGCCACCUGCAGCGCGGCAAGGGAUUCUUGAUCGCCCUCUAGUCCGACCAAAACAAGAAGUAAGCCUUAGCUUUACGGCGUUUCUGUUCGCCGAGGCAGUCCGCUAUUCUCUGGCCGGCGUGCAACAAAGUCACCAGUUAGAGGAACGUCUGCAUGAAUUGGGUGUUCGUGUUGGCUGGAAAGUAUUAGAGCUUCUGAGCUUUCGUGAGAAACAUGGGCGCCGGGAUACCCGACUCUUGAGCAUCCUGACAUUUGUUUCACAAAAUUGUUGGAGAUAUUUGUUUGGUCAUACAGGGGAAUUGUUGAAGGGUCAAGAGCACGAUAAUGAAUACAUGAUCAGCGAUCGCAAUCUCAUUCUCAUCAAAUACAUCAAUGUCCCAAAAGACAUCGGCCAUGUCAGUUGUGCAUCAUAUGUGGCUGGCAUUGUGGAGGGAAUUCUUUGCUGUGCAGAAUUUCCUGCUGAAGUGACAGCUCACACUGUUGAGGAGGGACCAGCAACAACAAGCACCACCAUUCUCAUACGGUUUUUGGCUGAAGUGAUAGCAAGAGAGCGACGUCUUGCUGGCUAG